AGCACAGUGAAGACACGAUGAGUAGCCCCUCUUCUCAAAAAGUUGUGCUGAAAAGCACCACCAAGGUGUCCCUGAACGAGCGGUGAGAGGCGCGCCGCACCGACCCGGUAGCAGAGGAGGGAAGGCACACUGAUCUGUAACACGGGGAUCAGCAACGCGCGCCGCCACGGGCGCCACACACAGCUGCUCUGGAUAUGGCUGAGGGGCAGGAGAUACAAGCCUUGCUUGUGCCGCUCGCUGACACAUGACACCUGUCUGUCGUGUAAAAGGGGGAGGAAGUGUUGGUUCGAAUGGGCCAAAAGAGCACAACCUCGCUGACACUCUUAAAACGCAGCGGGGUCCCAUUUUGGGAGCUCGUUGCACUCAAACUUACGGAAAGAGGGUGUCACUAAUGGGUGUGAUGGUGGUUGUCUGAGAAACAACAGUGUUUACUUACCAUCUGCCUCAGAUCUCCCUCUGUGCACUUCCUUCGAUGGGAGGGCCACCAUCAGGGUGCACAAUGCCCCUUCUCUCACAUAGUCUCUUCUCAACCUGAUGAUUAUCUUCUUUCAUUCCCACUUCAUGCCUUUUCUCUGUCCUUCCUGGAAUAUAAAACAAGGCGCCCGGUCCAAGCCCAGACGUGACCAGCCCACCUGACUGCUGCUCAGACAUCCUUGUCUGUCGCUGACUCCCCAAGUCCUGUCCCGUCCCUCUGGCCGUCGAGGGCAACCUUCUGCAGGGCACGGUCUGGGCUGUAAGAGGCUGGCUGCCGGGGUCCACCCACUGCCCUUGGCCUCCAUCGCCCCUGUGUCACUUGGGGGGAGAGCCCCGAGACCUGUGGGCAUACUGGAGGCCAUUAAGAGGCUCUUUCUCCUUCCUGCAACCUCUCUGUCGUCACUCUGCCUCUCCUGUUGUGUGUUCUUCUCUCCUUCAGUCUUUCUUCCUCUCGUCUUCAGUGUUAUUUCUCUGCUCUUCUGACUUCUUUCCUAACUCAUAAAUACCAUUUUCCCAAGUUUUUGUAUCUUGCAAUGGAAAAUCUUUGAGCGAGAGAAAAACCCUCCCCCUUCAAACAAAGUGGGCAUUUAAGUUUUGCUGAGCGGCUGCUACUGCGGCCAUGGUGUGUGAAAUUUAUUUGCUUUGGAACCUCCUGUCCCUCCCUCCUUCAUCCCUCCCCCGUCUCUGCUCCCCAAGCUUCACUAACAUGCUGAAGAACAAGCAGCCCACCGUGGUGAACGUGAGGGCUACCAUGCAGCAGCAGCACAUGGCCAGUGCCCGCAACCGCAGGCUAGCCCAGCAGAUGGAGAACAGGCCCUCGGUGCAGGCGGCCCUGCAGCAGAAGCAGACCCUGAAGCAGAGGUUGGGGAAGAGCAACAUCCAAGCCCGGCUGGGCAGACCCAUUGGGUCACUCAUGAGGGGGGCCCCAGGCGGCCGGGGCUUCCCCAUGGGAGGUCUCCGGGGGAUGUCCCGAGGAGGACUGAGGGGCCGUGGUGGCCGAGGCGGUCCCAUGAGGGGGGGGUUGUCCCUUAGAGGCAUGGGACAGCUGCGUGGGCGUGGUGGACCUGGUCGUCGAGGGAUGCGGCAGCGAGGUGGGCUGGCAGGCCGCGGAGGCUCUCUGAGGGGCCGUGGAGCUGGACCUGGUCGCGGUGGACUGGGAAUGAGGGGCCGUGGAGGGCUUGGCCUACGGGGGCGUGGUGGAUUUGGCGGCAGAGGGCGUGGCCGAGGGCGAGGUAGGGGCGUGUCUCGGCCACCUGUCACCCGGGAGCAGCUGGACAACCAGCUGGAUGCCUACAUGUCCAAGACUAAAGGACACCUGGAUGCCGAGCUGGAUGCCUACAUGGCCCAAGCAGACCCUGACAGCAUGGAAUAGACCGGCCUCUCACUCCAAGGCCACGACCAGAAACAUCAAUUGACGCAUGCUGUGCUUCUGACCCAACACUGACCUUUGACCCCACCCCAUUAUGACCUGCCAGGGGACCAACCGGCUCUAAAGUGUGGUUGCACAGGGAACACAGACCUACGCACACUAAUUUACUCAUGCAGGCACAUCUUCAGACACUAAUGGAUUGGUUUGCAUGUCAUGCACACCGAGUUACUGAAAAUUUUUAUAUAAUGUGAGAUGGUUUUUUUUUUUUUUUUUUUUUAAAAAUAUCAAUUUACAUACAAAUCACUCUAUACCUCCUAGUUCCUGUUUAACAUCUUUACACUUAUGCCCCUUUUCUCAGCUUGUGUGAGGAAAGGAGAAUCGUGAGGAACAGGGACACAGAGUGGUUUCAUACAUAAGGUCAGGAACAGAACCACCUGGUGCUGUCGAACCCCGACUGGAUCUCUUGCAGAACCACCUCUAGUGACAUUGUUAGUGUUUUCUCCAUGUUCUGACAUGUGAGGUAGGGUUAGUGUGUGACUUGCUGUGUAACCACCAGAACUGCAUGCAAGUUGAGUCCCCUGAUUUUAAGUUGCUUUGUAUAUGAAUUGGUUGAAGUUUUUGUCCAUUCAUAGAUAUGUACAAAGAAUGUGCUGUACCAUGCCUAUAUUUUGAAGGCUCUGCAAAGUUGUUUGGAAAUUUUU